GGUCAGGAGGAAGUAGGAAGCUGAGACUUUUCAGAGGAAGUGUGCCGCUAUGGCUGGGAAUAGGAACGUAAAUAUUGUAAUUGUAGGCUGUGGGAUCGCAGGCAUAGCGGCAGCUAACAGGCUUGUUAAAUCUGGGUUCAAUAAUGUCCGGAUACUGGAAGCGACCGGAAGGAGCGGGGGGCGCAUUAAAACGGGCAGAUUAGGUGAUAAAGUCAUUGAGAUUGGGGCAAACUGGAUCCAUGGACCCUCUGAGGGGAACCCAGUGUUUUGUUUAGCUCGCCAGUAUGGGCUCCUAGACCCAGAGGCCCUGACCCCCGAGAACCAGGCCUUGGACACUGGAGGACAUCUGCCCUGGGUUUCCAACAUAUUCAGCAGUUCAGGUCGGAAGCUGAAUGUCGAGGACAUCUCUCCAGCUGCUGAGUUAUUUACUGAGCUGCUUGGUGAAAGUUCAGAGUUUCAGAAUCAAAAAGGCGAGCCCUAUCCCUGUGUGGGAGAUUUCAUACGCUCAGAGGUGAGACAACGAGCUGCAGAGAGAUGGAAAGACUUGGACUCAGCCACCAGAUCACUGCAGCUGUGUGCGAUCAGUAGCAUGUUGAAGAGAGAGUGCUGUAUUAAUGGGGCCCACAGCUUGGAUGAGGUGGGUCUGGGGGCCUUUGGCCAAUACAAGAUCCUGCCUGGCUUGGACUGUACGUUCCCAGGUGGUUAUGAAGGUCUCAUUACUAACCUGAUGGCAGAGCUCCCUGAUGGUUUAGUGAGCUAUAACCGACCUGUGCGGUGCCUCCACUGGAGCAACACUGAGGAGAAACAAGACUCAGUAACGGUGGAGUGUGAGGAUGGAGAAAGGAUUGUGGCAGAUCAUGUUAUUGUAACAGUGCCUUUAGGAUACCUAAAGAGACACCAUUCCAGCCUGUUCCAGCCUCCGCUCCCCCUUCACAAGCUGCACUCCAUCCAGAGGCUGGGGUUUGGAACCAACAACAAAAUAUUUGUGGAGUUUGACGCGCCGUGGUGGGACGCUGACUGUGAUGCCAUUCAGCUGGUUUGGGAGGAUGAGGAUGAACUGGUGGAUCAGGUGCCUGAUGUCCAAAGAUCCUGGAUAAAGAAGCUUUUUGGCUUCACAGUGGCAAAACCCAUUGAGAGGUAUGGGCACCUUGUCUGCGGCUGGAUCGCAGGGCAUGAGUCUGAGUAUAUGGAGACGCUGUCUGAGCAAGAGGUCACACUUGCUAUCACACAGCUUAUCCGCAGAUUCACUGGGAAUCCCUCCAUCACUCCACGGAGAGUCCUGCGCUCACGCUGGUUCCACGACCCCUGGACAAACGGAUCCUACAGCCACCUGGCAACGGGCUGCUCAGAGCAGGACCUGGAGAACAUGAUGGAGCCUCUUCCACAGAAAGGAUUGAAAGCUCGACCCCUGCAGGUGUUGUUCGCUGGGGAGGCAACACACCUCUGCUACUUUUCCACCGUCCAUGGAGCGCUUCUCACUGGGUGGAGAGAAGCUGACCGACUCGUCUCCCACUACUCUUCCAGUCAUCCCUCUGAGCGCCCCACAUCCAAGCUUUAAAACAGCCAUUAAAAAGAUGAAGUAAUAUGAGCCUUACUGCUAAAUGACAUUAAUUACAAAGAAUGUUGUGGAGAAUAACUUUAACAGUGAAAAUUAUUAUUUUUUCAAAUGACUCAAUUCAGGUAACUAGAGAUGAGGAAAUGCUUGGCUGAACUAGUGGAUCAUGCAGUAAUGCAUACAUUGCUGUGCUUGCAGCUUUUAAAAUAUUUUUAGUUCUUUUCUUUCUGUGACCGAUUUCACAAAAUUAAACCCAUACAGACGGAUUACACACAGACUGAUGUUUUCAAGCCUUUGUUUCCGAGUUAUUUGUAAUUAAUUUUUUUACUUACUGCUUAUGAAGAAAUUACAUUUUGGAAUUAGAAUAUUAGAUUUGACCAAUUAAAAAAACCAUGUGUGAUGCAGAAAUUUGUGUGUAAUACCUGCUUAAAGUUUAAAAAGUACUUUCAGCCUGACAAGCCUCAUCAGAAGGCAUUCUCCAAAUAAACUGAGACUCACCUGAACACCAAAUAUGUAGUGCUGAAAAUGAAUCACUUUGUUUUUCUGUUUGUAUUUUUACUGUUUAUAAUCUGACUGUAAUUUACUGAAUAAAUCCUACGU